UGAACUUGGACUGAGGAAGAGCAAGAUGCUGCUUCACUGGAACAUGGACAUGAGGGGUAUCGUGGGGGUGUUGGUGUAUUUGUCUUUCGGACAGUGUGCUUUACUUCCUGAACUCCGUGCAACAGAGUUUGGGUUAAUGCCCCCUGAGAACUUUACGCAAGGACAAACGGGAUUUGCGGAGCCUGAUUUAUCCUAUUGUCAGAUGCUUCUGGAAGCUCCGGUUCCACCCACAGCAGACCAGGUACCCUGGUUCUGCAUCUGCUCCACUUGCUCCGGAAACCGAGGCCAGAAAGGAGACAGAGGCGACCGCGGACUGCCAGGAGUUCCCGGUAGUCCAGGUCCAAGAGGCCUCACUGGGUUUCCCGGCCGUCCAGGAUUCACAGGACGUCCCGGCAUAAAGGGUGAGAAAGGUGACACUGGAGAUAAGGGUGACAUUGGUCAUCCUGGAGUUUCAGGGUCAACAGGAGACAGGGGAUUUAAAGGUGAGAAGGGUGACCGUGGUCUUGAUGGUCCUACGGGAGAACAGGGUCCAAAUGGAGAAGAUGGUCAGUGCCCGGAAACCUGUGAGCCCAUACCAGGGCCAGCAGGUGAGCCAGGUCUUCCCGGCCCUGCAGGUGCACGGGGUUUACCUGGGCUGAAUGGAGACCAUGGUCCCAAAGGGAUGAAGGGUGAUCCGGGUGUGGUGGGGGAGUCUGGCGUUCCAGGUGUACCUGGGGAGAAGGGUGACCAAGGUCCACAGGGCCUGUGCAAUUGUCAGGAUGGGGCUCCAGGAGCCCAGGGUCAAACAGGUGAAAAUGGUGAGAAGGGACACCAGGGUCCGACAGGGCUGACAGGUCAAACUGGAGCCACAGGACCUAAAGGUGAUCAGGGAGAGAUGGGAAUGACUGGUAUUCCCGGACCUUGUUCACCCACCGUGCAAUCUGCUUUCUCUGCUGCUUUACUCACUUCCAAUCCUACACCGAGCCGGCCAGUGCCUUUCAAACGUGUCAUCUACAACUUAAACCUGCACUACAACCCUGAUAACGGCGUCUACACCGCCCCGGUUAAUGGAACCUACGUGUUUAGCUACCAUCUGCAAGUGUCCACCCGUAUGCUAAAGGUCGGACUCUUCCACAACUUCGAGGCCACGGUGAGGACAACUACGUCUGUGGAAAUGAACACUGCCUCUCAGCAGGUGGUGAUGAGUCUGAACCAGGGUGACUGGGUGUGGGUACAGGUGAAAGACAUCACCAGUAACGGCAUGUUCACCGGCAGCGAGGCCAGCAGCACAUUCAGUGGGUUUUUGUUGUACCCAGACAGAUGUGAUGACAUGUUUGGAAGAGAUUUCAAUGGAAACGCUGCUAACAAUGGAACUGAUCCAGGGUUCCCUAGCUAUAAUCUUCCCUGGGAACAUCCGUAAAGACCUAUAUGUAUACCUUACCCACUUACCCUACACCUUAAACCCUUAACCAACCCCUAUAUUCUAAACCACCACCUACAGCCCAGACAAGGGGCAGCCAAUCACACUCGUGGAGGGCUACCAUCCUGCAGAUUUUAGCUCCAACCCUAUUCAAACAGCUAAUCAAGGUGCUCAGGAUUACGCCAAAGUAACAGGCAGGUGUGUUGAAGCAGGAUUAGAACUGAAGAAUGCAGGAAGGUAGCUCUCCAAAAGAAGGGUUGGAGACCAGACACUUAAUCUACACCCUGAAUUCAAAACCUAAAUUUGACCUAUUCCCUAGACUAAUACCCAACAUUCUAAACCGCUAACCAAAACUUUUAUCUACACUCUAGACUUACACCCAACAUUCUAUACCUAAACUCUACUCUAGGUCUACUCCCUAGACCUGCACCCUAAACUGUUAACCUACACCCAACAUUCUAAACCUUCACCCAAACUUUAAUCUACACCCUGGACCUACACCCAACAUUCUAAACCUAAUCUUUUAUCAACUCCCUGGACCUGCACCCUAAUUUGAACCUACACCCAACAUUCUAAACUUUUACCCAAACUUCUAACUACACCCUGCACCCCAAACUCUUAACCAACCUCUAAAAUGAUCCACCUCUCAACCUCAACCUCUAUUGUUUUAAUAAUAUCCCAGAUUACAUGUAGAUUCUAUUUUAAGACAACUUUAUGUAUGUUUGUAUGUAGAAGCAAACCUUUGGCUGAAAGCAGAGCCUUCUCUUCCUCAUGUUUGGAAUGAAUUAGUUCUUCAGGUGGAUAUGUGCGGUGUUUAUUUACAGUGCAUGUCCCAUAACUUUAUUAGUUGUAUUAUGACCCAACAAUACACACAGCGAGGUGGAUCAGUCGGGAGGUUGCUCCCUUGGCAGACAUGUUUUCAGCCGGAUGUUUGUUUGAAAAAUGAGCAGGAAUGCACCAAUCAGCUGUUAAAUCAUCCUUCCAGCUAUUCAGUGGACACACACUGUGAAUACGAGUGAAAAUGAGAAUGAGAACAGGAUAGGUGAGCAGAGAGAAGUAUUUGAGAGGUACAAGAAAGAGAGGUGUUGUCUUACACAAUUGAAGUGUUAAACACCUGUUUGAGAGAGAAAGAGAGUCUCUUUACUUUAGGCUUAUAUCUUUUGAGUAUGAAUUAUUCAGACACAAUAUUAUGUUGGGAAACCUCUCAUGGUGUUGCCUAUAUGGGUCCGGGGGGAAGAGGGGGCCCACCCCAAAGAAAUCCUGGAUUUUAGCUGUGACCAUGAAACAAUAUGAAACAACACAACAUGUUCAUGCUCAUGUUCUGUGUAUUGAUUACCUUUAUAUUGCCAAUAAAUUGUAAACUACUAAUCCGA